AUGCUCAUCAUCUGUGCUGUGAUCGGGCUAUAUGCAAGCACCACGCUAGCCUCUCUCCCCAUUUGUUCAAAGUGUCCAGCAGCUGGCCACUGGUCAAGGUGGGAAGACUAUACGAGCUGUACAGGCACGUGUGGUUUAUUCGGAAGAAAAGUUCAAAAGAGGACGUGUCUCUCAUGGAAAUGGGGAUGUCCAUGCAAGGGACCAUAUUCUCGAACAAGACCAUGUGCUCCGAAGCCAUGUCCUGAUGGCUCGAAUGCCUGUGCUGAGGGAUAUUCACUCUACCCCAACUCCAAACUCAAUCAAGUUCUCUGUGGAAAUGUGUCUCUGCCGAGUGACUAUGUGAUGCCAAAGUGUCGAAUCACAAAAGUCCUCGCACACUGUGCUUUUCCAAAUCUUGGCAUUUGGAGUGGCUGGAAAUCGAUGGCACCAUGCACGGCAACCUGUGGACUCAACGGAAUGGUCACUCAGAACAGAACUUGCUUGUCUCAAAGCAAAGGCCACAAAUGCACCGGCUCCUCAACAAGAACGAUUCAUUGUCCCAAACUCGCCUGUCCAGGAGAUGUGUGUGCAUUGGACACAAAAGCGGUGACGAAUCUUGUGACUGGCAAAAGGCUUUGCGGUGUCGGCCUGCCCCAGGAUCCCGUUUUGCAAAUGCCCUUAUGCACGACAACAACCAAAAAGGCUACGACAAGGGCCACAACGAAGACAACGAAGAAGCCGACCACAAAGACCCCAGCUCUACCGUGCUUCACUCAUUAUGCCUCAUCCACAAAAUAUGCGAAUUGUGCCGCUGUUGGUGCUGGCUUCAAAGCUGUUGGUGGAUCGUGUUACAAGGCAAUUUAUGUGAAUGCCGAUUAUGCUGGAGCAAGAGCCAAAUGUAAGGCUGCUCAUGUGGAUGCGGACUUGGCCACGAUUCGAUGUGAUGCGGAGAACACGGGAGCUUCUGGUGUUGUGUCGGCUGCUCUGAAGACUCAAUGUUUAUCGUUUGGAGAGUUCUUCCACAGUCUCUACAUUGCGUCAACAAAUCCAGCUGGUGGAGUGACGUAUCCACUGGGAAAAUGGGAAAACACGCCACCAGAUUGGGUGGUUUGUGCUGCUCUCUGUGAAGUGAUCACGUUCUACAUUGCGUCCACAGAUCCAGCUGGUGGCACGUAUCCGCUGGGACAAUGGGAAAACAUGCUACCAACUUGGGUGGUUUGUGCGACUCUCUGUGAAGUGAUCACGGCAAAAACCGGAAAUGGUUGUGGCUUCUCACCGUGCCAGAAUGGUCCG